AGACACAUUACAGUUACUAAAUCCUAAGACAGUUACUGCUUCAGUGAAAGAGUCAUUGGAAACUCGUCAGAAAAAGCAGAAGGAAAAGUUCGACCAUGGAACAAGACAGCUGCAGAAACUAACAGUGGGAGAAAAUAUCAGAGUAUGGCAAAAUGUUCCAGCAUGAAGAAACAGUGGAUGUGCUGCCACUACACCUGAGUCUGUACACGUCUCUGACAACAUCCACCCCAUGUACGAAACCGUGUAUGACCCCGUGUACAACCUCGUGUACUACCCCAUGUACGACCCCGAAUACUACACUGUGUACUACCCUGUCUACAAGCCCUUGGACUGCGAAGAGUACUAUCACGUCCAGCCACCCGAUGUCUCCCCCCCAACCCCCAACGGUGGAGACUGUUGAAGAAGAACAACUGGAGCCUUUGUCUCCACCUGAGAUUAUGUCGCUACCCCAACAUGUGACUCCACCCAAACCUGUAUUUCUGCCUCAAUCUGUGUCUCCACCCGCACUUGCAUGUCCCACUGAACCUGUGUCUCCCGCAAUAUCGGUGUCUCCACCGGAGACUUUGCCUGUACUUCCACCUGAGACCAUGUCUCAACCCAAGCCUGUGUCUCCUCCUGAUACUUUGUCACAACCCAACCCUGUUGCUCUGUCUGAGACUUUGUCUCCACCUGAGCCUGAACCUCAACUGGCCUCGGCUCUGCCUCCUGUCCAGACAGAUAACGCUGCGUCCAUCGACUCUUCACCGUCUCUUUUAAAACUGACAUGUGGAGAAAUUAUGGACGCACUGCAUGAUGAGCUGGAGGAGGCAGAGAAGCUUAAGGAGCAGGAGGUCAGCAAGGAGAAGGAGAUCCUUAAACUGGUCGAGAAAAAAGAGGGUGUAUUCAAAGAGGGUCUAUUCAUUGCUAUAAGGAACCCUAAUAAAAAUGUGUAAAAAUACAACUUCCAAAUGUUGCACAAAUAAAUGUUGGUGUAAAAGACUCGCACAGCAGCAGUAAAAGUGUUGUAAAAUAAUCAGCUCUAAAAUUCCAGCUCAAUAAAACAGAAUUAGAAAUUAAUAACUGAACGCCAUUAAAAGCUCAGUUAUGAACUAUGUAAUAACUGAAGAACAGUAUUUACCAUAAAUAUAGCAUUCAGCGUCAGUUCAGGCAGGCCACAUAGUCAAGUUCGGCUAUCAGCUGAUGUCAAUUUUCUAACCCCGCCCAUCAGCUGAUAUUAUACCUAUGUGCGCUAUUGGUCCCUUUCAAACAGGGCGCCCUAUUUAAAUGCUUUUUUUCAGGCUAUCUUCUUUUGUGGGUGCU